UCGUUGGUUAGGUGAGGAAUAGACAUUAGACACUAUCCAACCAAUAUAUCUUUACUAUUAUCCCCAACAUAACUCCCCAAAAACAAAACUCAUAGAAACAAAUAUCAGAGUUUGCUGGCACAACAAAGCUAAAAACUUAAAACAAAAAUGGCGUUACUAGAUUUAUUUGUAUUAGCAUCAUUACCAGUUGUUAAGGUGCUUUUGAUCACUGCUAUAGGCUCAGUUCUUGCUUUAGAAUGUAUUGAUAUCUUGGGAGAAAAUGCUCGCCAUCACUUAAACAAGGUAGUGUUUUAUGUUUUCAACCCAUCUCUAGUAGCUGGCAACCUGGUUAAAACUGUCACCUUUGAGAGUUUUAUUACCUUGUGGUUUAUGCCGGUAAACAUAUUGAUGACAUUUAUAAUAGGGUCAGUACUGGGUUGCAUAAUUGUGAAGGCUGCGGGAGUUAGAAACAAUCUCAAGGGCCUCGUCAUCGGAGCGUGUUCCGCAGGGAAUUUGGGAGGCAUGCUUAUCAUUCUAGUUCCUGCAAUGUGCAAAGAGAAGGGCAAUCCAUUUGGGGAGACUCAUGUUUGUGAGACUUAUGCUCUGUCUUAUGCUUCUCUUUCCUUGGCGAUUGGGGCAAUAUACUUGUGGCUAUAUGUUUACAACAUUGUGAGAGUCUCUGUUGGGGAAGCAGCUGGAGAAACAGAUGCAGAUAAGGAACCUCUCAUUCCUUCCACUGCAGAUCAUGGUCUCAUAACUUCUGAAGAAUACAAUCCUGUAAACUCUUCCUCUACAUCAUUGAUGAUUCCAAUUGUUCCUGGGCAGAUUUCAUUGGCAAGUAGGGUGAUACAUUUCUUAAGAACACUGCUACUAGAGAAGAUAAACAUUAAAGCAGUAUUUGCACCAUCAACCAUUGCAGCGAUAGUCGGGUUUGCCAUUGGAAUGAAUUCUUCAAUCCGAAAUUUGAUGAUUGGCAAUGAUGCUCCACUCCAUAUUGUCACGGACUCCGCUUUCAUGCUCGGAGAUGCCGCCAUCCCAACUGUCACCAUAAUAGUUGGAGCAAAUCUUCUUCAAGGUUUAAAGGGAACAGGUAUUCAACGCAGAGUUGUUAUUGGUAUAGUUAUAGCUCGGUACAUAAUUCUUCCUCUGUCGGGAAUUCUUAUUGUUAACGGAGCAAUUCAAGUCGGUUUUGUACCACCCAACAAUAAAUUAUUUGUGUUUCUUCUUCUACUUCAACAUGCUAUGCCACCAGCAAUGAACUUAGGCACAAUGAUGCAACUAUUUGGAGCUGGCAAAAGUGAGUGUUCGGUGAUCAUGUUAUGGACUUACGCUUCAGCUCCUGUAUUUCUCACUCUUUGGUCCACAAUUUUUCUCUGGAUUGUCACUUGAAAAUCCACCUUUAUUAUGUACGAGUACAUGGGGUAUACCAGUGCAUCUUGUGUACAUGGGAUAUUAUCGUAUGCUAGAGUCUAGACAGCUAAAGGUUUUGGUGACUUAAUUUUAUUAUGUACGAGAGUGAGGGAUAGCCUAGGUCCUAGUGGUUAGAACUUUCUUUCCGAUUCCAGGAGACUCUGGGAUCAAUUCUCACCCUUGGCAAAAUGGGAUCCUCUUUAUUCCCCCAACUUGUCAAUAUUUCCUUAUCUUAUUAAAAAAAAAAUUAUAUUAUGUACAAUAACAUGUUCUACACCAUUAUUGUGUGAUACAUGUACAAGUAAUUUACCAAGUGUUGACUUGUGUAGUUGGGUUGGCUGACCUGCGAGAGGUGUUGGUCUAAUAGGAACGGGUUAUUCUUCUUCUUACCAAGGGGUUCCCUGGUUGGGACCCAAAAAAAUGUACAAAUAAUUUAAUUAAAUGUACUAAUAAUUGAAGAGUGCAUCUAAUGUGUCAUUUAUUUCA